AUGGACAUCGCCAUCCAGCACCCCUGGUUCAGGCGCGCCCUGGGCCCCCUCCUCCCCAGCCGGCUCUUCGACCAGUUCUUCGGCGAGGGCCUCUUCGAGUGCGACCUGCUGCCCUUCCUGUCCUCCACCGUCAGCCCCUACUACCGCCAGUCCCUGCUGCGCACCGUGCUGGACUCCGGCAUCUCCGAGGUCCGAUCUGACCGGGACAAGUUUGCCAUCUUCCUGGACGUGAAGCACUUCUCCCCGGAGGACCUCACCGUGAAGGUGCAGGAGGACUUUGUGGAGAUCCACGGCAAGCACAGCGAGAGGCAGGACGAUCACGGCUACAUCUCCCGUGAGUUCCACCGCCGCUACCGCCUGCCUUCCAACGUGGACCAGUCGGCUCUCUCCUGCUCCCUGUCUGCCGACGGCAUGCUGACCUUCUCUGGGCCCAAGGUCGUCGCACCUGGUGGGGACGCGGGCCAUGGCGACCGGGCCAUCCCCGUGUCGCGGGAGGAGAAAUCCGGCUCUGCCCCCUCGCCCUGA